UCUAUAAAAUCACGUUUGAAUUUCUGGUUUCGAUCAAUUCUUUUUUUUUUUUUUUUUUAAAUACAUUUUUCAGUUAUUCGAUUGAAGAAAGCAAUGGGGAGAUUUAAUUGCAUCAUAUUUUUCUGUCUUAUCAUUUCUUCCUUAACAACUUCAGUCUUCUCUUCAGAAUCGACGAAGAUAACGAUAGCCAACAACUGCAACGGGACAAUCUGGCCGGCGAUUCUGCCCACCGCCGGCCAGCCGCCACUCAACGGCGGCGGGGGCUUCGUUCUCCGCCGCGGCCGCCAGGAGUCCGUCGAGGCGCCGAAGUGGUGGUCCGGCAGAAUAUGGGCCCGCCAGGGCUGCAAUUUCGACAACUCCGGCAGGGGCACGUGCCAGACAGGUGACUGCGACGGCGAGCUUCGGUGCGGCGGCGUCAGCGGGCAGCCGCCGGCGACCGUCGUGGAUCUGACGCUGGGGACGGAAACGAAUCCAAUUCACUAUUACGACGUCAGCCUGGUCGACGGCUUCAAUCUGCCGGUGGCGGUGAUUCCGGCGGGGGGCAGCUCCGGAGGCUGCGGCGUGGCGGCGUGCGAGGCGGACGUGAACGUGGCGUGCCCGGAGAGGCUGGCGGUGCGGCGGGGCGGGAAGGUCGUCGGCUGCGAGAGCCCGUGCCUGGCGAUCGGGGAGGAUGAGUACUGCUGCAGAGGCGCGUACGCCGGACGCGCCGCCUGUAAGCCGACGGCGUACGCGCGGACGGUCAAGGCGGUGUGCCCACGCGCGUUGAGUUACGCUUACGAUGAGUCGAGGGGGCUGAAUACUUGCCGGGCCAGGAGGUAUAUUGUCACGUUUUGUCCUCCAAAUUAAUUAUUUAAAUUAAUUUUAAAAAAAAUGUAAUAUAGAAAUUUAUAGUACCCAAAUUGAGUUUUGUUCU